UUUUUCUUCUAUUUUUAAAACUCAUGCCCGGCUCUCUUGAUUUCCAGCUCCAGCUCCAGUUCAGUUUAGUUCUUCAAGUGCCGUGCUCGCGUAAAGACGUAAAAGUUGCUUCUGUCUUAAAUCCCACUUUCCACUAAGUUUAAACAACAACAACACAAACCCAACUUCAAUCAUGUCGACCAACCGUGCCCCGAAAUCCGGAUUUGCCGCCGAAGCCCAGAGAAAGAUCAACUCCAAGUACAGCGAAGAGCUGGCCGCCGAGUGUUUGGAGUGGAUCAAGGAGGUCACCGGGGAGCCGAUCAACACGAGCGGCGAGAUGGACAACUUCUACGAGGUGCUCAAGGACGGCGUUCUGCUGUGCAACCUGUCGAACGCGAUCGAGACCGGCUCGGUCAAGAAGAUCAACACGAGCAAGAUGGCGUUCAAGUGCAUGGAGAACAUCUCGGCGUUCCUGGAGUGCGCGAAGAAGUUUGGCGUGCCGCCGCAGGAAACCUUCCAGACGGUGGACCUGUGGGAGCGCCAGAACCUCAACUCGGUGGUGAUCUGCCUGCAGUCGCUCGGUCGCAAGGCCGGCAAGUACGGCAAGCCGUCGAUUGGGCCGAAGGAGGCGGACAAGAACGAGCGCCAGUUCUCGGACGAGCAGCUGCGGGCCGGCCAAACCGUCAUCUCGCUGCAGUACGGAUCGAACAAGGGCGCGACCCAGAGCGGCAUCAACUUUGGCAACACUAGACAUAUGUAAAUGAUGAGAGAAAGCUUGGGUUUGUUUUAUAAUUUCCACGUUUUUUUUUAUCAUUUCUUGAACGCGGUGCGAGUUAGGACUUAAAAGUUUAAGAUGCCACACAAUCAUUCGAAAGUGUCAAAGACAACGAACAAAAAAAAGCGGGCAGCCAAGUCGAGCAGGAGAAGUGAAAACGUUCCAACUCUAGCAAGUUAAAUAUGGUAGUCUUCCUCCCUAUUAGCGAGAGGUUAAAUGAAACAAAAUUAGAGUGCUCUUAAAACACACAAACAAAACAAAUAAAUGUAGAACUAUUUAAACACCUUUGAUAGCGCCUUACAAACUUGUUACGAACAAUAUAAAUAUACAAUACAUUCCAGUAACUGAGAAUUCCACAAAACAAUAGAAGUUUCAUUCCCCAUUCCAAAACGGUAGCGUCAGUUAAAGAGUUAGAGUUGUACUAGAAGAGUUCUUCAAUAUCCACUAAACAAUAUUUAUGCCAAAUUUAAGCAAAAAGAAGGUGAAUAUUUUGGUGCCAUCAAGCGAGCAAAGAACAGAAUCAAAAACAGGAAAAAAGAAAUGACGUGAAAAGAUGGCCUUAGAGUAAUCGAACAAAUAAUAAAAAAAAGUUCUUAAAUUAUAUAUUUUUGAUAUCAGUAUUCGUUUGUUUUGCAGUCUCCCCCUCGUACCAAUUGGAUGCAUUUCGCUAAUUGAUAUUUGUAUUUUUUGCGUUGUGAACAGAGACCAUUAUCCGUACGCCACACGGUUUGCAAUGUUUUGUCUACCCCGGUUUUAUACUUGCUACCACUUUAUUAUGUGUUUUUUUAUUUCUUCUUUUUUUUGGAUAAGUUAUUAUUUAAAAAUAAAGAUUUAGAAGAGAAA